AAAAUAAUUGAAAGAUUGAAUUUAUGUAAUUCGCACUUCAGGAGAAAAAGUACUAACUUUAAUCGAUUUAAAAGGUUAGGAUAUUUUGAAAUUAGAUCACAUUAUUGCAACGGCAAACGCAGAUUUAGCUUUCAUUUCCUACUAGCCAAUAAAGUUACUUAUCAUGCUUACGCCGGACCCCAUUAAAAUCCACUGUAAACAACUUGUAAAAGAAACGCGAAAGGUCCGAAAAUUGGCUCAAAUGUACGUGAUUCAUUUAAGCUUCUGCAAUGCGUUGCAGAGUAUGAAACCUUUGGGAUGCGCCAACAGAAACCUAAUGUCAAUCACUUUCCUAGCUUUGGUUGCAUUAGCAGCGGCUGGUACAAGUAAGGAUGCGACUGCAGAAACUAUAAGCUCAACAACUAAUAAACCAAAACGUAGCUUGAACGCUCUUAUAGGAGAUGGAGGUUUAACAUCAUCAUUUGGAUUAGGAAGUCCUUGGACUAACACGGGAUCUCGUUUUCCAAAUGGAUAUGGCAGUGCACUCAACGGAUGGAAUCCCUGGACUUCGUACGGUUCUUCUAAAGUAGGAGGUAAUUCUCCGUCACCAACCGAGGUGGCAAAUGCAAUAGCUGCUGCUAAACAAGCUUCAGCAAAUGUUCUUAUUGCUCAACAACAAAUGCAGGCAGCUAAAGAAAAUGUUUUGAAUCAACAACGUAUUGCUAUGGAAAAGGAAACUGCUGCCGCCAUAUUGACACAGAAAUCAGAAGCUGCAGCAGCUGUCCAAAGGUCGGAAGCAGCUGCUGCUGCUCAGGCUGUAGUAUUGGCACAACAACGUUUGGCAGCGUCAAAGGCUGCUGUCUCUAGUAUGCAGAGAAUUGCUGCAGCACGUGAAGCCGAAGCUGCAGCUGCAUUGCAACGUUCUGCACACGCAGCAGCUGCUGAAAUUCAAAAAAGCGAAUACGAAGCCUCCAAAUUUAAUCAAUAUACGCGCAACGGAAAUGCUGGAGCUGCUCAUCACUUAACGUUGACUAAAGAUACCGCGUUCAGUCCAAUUACAGCAGGCAUUAAUCAUGUGCCUAAUUUGGAAACUCUAGGACCAUGGGUUGGUACAAAUGCUGCCGGUGGCAAGCACACAACAGCUGCCGCUUGGUUGUAAAAUUCUUUCGUUAUAUAGAUCGUCCAUAAAAAUUGUUUAUUUUUUUUUUUCAUUAUAUUAUCUAU